CCACGCUUACUGUGGACACGAAUUCGCCGUUACCGUAACGAGUUCACGUGCCUCUCCUCCAUCCAUGGUGGGUCUUAAGCAAUGCUCCAGAGAAGAUGGGACAAGCUCUGUGUAUCUGCUCGCGCAGUGCCAUCACCUUUGACAACAAGAAAUACUACUUCAUCCAGAAACUAGACGAAGGAGGUUUCAGCUAUGUGGAUCUGGUAGAAGGUGCGCAUGAUGGCCGCUUCUACGCUCUAAAGCGGAUCCUUUGCCAUGACCGCGAGGGCCGCAAGGAGGCUCAGACCGAGGUGGAGAUGCACCGCCUUUUCAACCAUCCCAACAUCCUCAGCCUGACCUCACACACCUUCAUGGAGCGCGGCGGGAAGUGUGAGGCCUGGCUGUUGCUCCCAUACAUCAGUAAGGGAAGUCUGUGGUCUGUUCUGGAGAAGCUGCGGGAUAAGGGGAGCUCUAUGCCUGAGAGCCGCAUACUACACAUUCUGCAUGGCAUCUGUGAAGGCCUCAAAGCUAUUCAUGACAAAGAAUAUGCACACAGGUAUUGA